AUGACCUACAACGAAUUCUGCCACUCAAUAUGGAACAUUUGUGAGCAGAAUGUGACUCGUUUGUGGAAUCAUCAGAUGAUGCUGAGAAUAUUCAUGGGUCGGGAGAACCGGAGUUCCGUCAACAUACUUCGAAUCAAGAUAGAAUACACUCGUGACCUACCCUUAGCAGGGUCCUGCCAACAUUCGGGCUAA